CAGGGUCGCAGGCCGUUUACCGCCUCAUCAUUGGCAUUUCCUCGGGGACGUGCAUGUUUUCCCGUACGCUCUGCGGCAGUGGCAGGCACCAGAAGCACGUCAUCACUCGGCCGACUCGCUAGCGCCCUUAAAAGCAUGGUGUACAACUUCACAUGAUGGAACCCGUAGUCUUUCAGCGGCUACUCCCAGCUCCGAUGCUCCUCGUGGCGUUCUGAGCUGGAGCCCGACCUUCUGGGACUCCUGUUAGGGCAGGAGCGCGUUUAACCGUGUUUCCCAGGGCUGCACACGCAAAUGCCAGUUUAGCCUUGCAAGACAGGAUUUCCACCCGCACGCUCCGGCAUCACGCCCUGGGGGCGCAGUGGGCGCGGAAACGGAGCCCUUCUUGGCCGGGAGGACGCCUGCGCUUCUGCUGGCACCACCGCGCUUCCUGCCGACGAUCCCGGGAAAUGUCACUUCUAGGGAGCAGGGCGCGAGCCCCCUGUAUAAUCUCUGCCGGUGACGGUGUCUUUUGUAGAACGAGCGAGAACAUGCUUCCUGCAGUCCGCCGUACACUCACUAACGGGACGUGAGUGACCGAAUUUCCCAGGGUCGCACUGAUCGUUGGCCUGGCCUGGCUAAAUUGCCGUCCUACCGUCGGUACUGCCCACCACUUUGCCCACGGUUCCCAGCGGUUCUCCCUAUGCCUUUCGGGAAAUGUAGUCUUUUCUCCUCUCUCCGCACGCAUCCCGGGACCUCCCGGCAGGCGAUCGCUCACAGGACUCCAUUUCCCAAGCAUGCCUGCGCCGAGUCCGUCAGCGCCCAGUCGCGGAGGCCAUUUCAUUCCGCCCGGAGACCGCUAAGAUGGCGGCGGGGGAGAAAGUGAAGGUUGUCUCCUGCGACAGGCGGCCCGGCUAGAGCCGGCAACGUGGCGCCCAGCAUGGAUCUGCACACGGCAGUGUACAAUGCGGCGCACGACGGCAAACUGCAGCUGCUGCAGAAGCUGCUGGCCGGCCGCGGGCGGGAGGAGCUGGACGAGCUGCUGGGCGAGGUGGCGGGCGGCGGCACGCCGCUGUGGCCGUCGAAGCAGGCGGCGCGCAGCGGCGUGGAGUUGGUGCGGGUGGUGCGGUUGACCGAGGCGCCGCGGCGCAGCAGGCUCCGCACCACCCGCACCAACUCCACGCCGCUGCGCGCCGCCUGCUUCGACAGCCACCUGGACGUGGUGCGCUACCUGGUGGGCGAGCACAAGGCCGACCUGGAGGUAGCCAACCGCCACGGCCACACGUGCCUCAUGAUCUCCUGCUACAAGGGCCACCGUGAGAUCGCGCGCUACCUGCUGGAGCGCGGCGCGCAGGUGAACCGGCGCAGCGCCAAGGGCAACACGGCCCUACACGACUGCGCCGAGUCCGGCAGCCUGGAGAUCCUGCAGCUGCUGCUGGGCUGUCACGCGCGCAUGGAGCGCGACGGCUAUGGCAUGACCCCGCUGCUGGCCGCCAGUGUCACCGGGCACACCAACAUCGUGGAGUACCUCAUCCAGGAGCAGCCCGGCCACGGGCAUCUCUCGGGGGCGGAGCUGCCCGGGGAAGGGUCCCCCCAGGGGGCACGCAGCGGCCGCUCCACCCCUGAGGAAGCAGAGCCUCACGAGAGCUGCUGCCCCACCAGCCGUGAAGCGGCCGUGGAGGCUUUGGAGCUGCUGGGAGCCACGUACGUGGAUAAGAAAAGGGAUCUUCUCGGAGCCCUGAAGCACUGGAGAAGGGCAAUGGAGCUCCGCCACCAGGGUGGGGACUACCUCCCCAAGCCUGAGCCCCAACAGCUGGUUCUGGCCUACGACUACUCCAGGGAGGUGACCACACCCGAAGAGCUGGAGGCCCUCAUCACAGAUCCUGAUGAGAUGCGGAUGCAGGCCCUGCUGAUACGGGAGAGGAUCCUGGGCCCCUCACACCCUGACACUUCAUACUACAUAAGGUACCGGGGUGCUGUCUACGCAGACUCUGGAAAUUUCGAGCGCUGUAUCCGUCUUUGGAAGUAUGCCUUGGAUAUGCAGCAGAGCAACCUGGAGCCCCUGAGCCCCAUGACGGCCAGCAGCUUCCUGUCAUUUGCGGAGCUCUUCUCUUAUGUGCUGCAGGAUCGCUCCGCCAAGGGCAACCUGGGCAUGCAACUUGGUUUCCCCGACCUCAUGGGCGUGCUCAGCAAAGGGGUGCGGGAAGUGGAGCGGGCCCUGCAGCUACCCAAGGAACCGGGGGACUCGGCGCAGUUCACCAAAGCCAUUGCCAUCAUCCUCCAUCUGCUGUAUCUGCUGGAGAAGGUGGAGUGCACCCCUAGCCAGGAACACCUGAAGCACCAGACAGUCUACCGCCUGCUCAAGUGUGCCCCGCGCGGCAAGAACGGCUUCACCCCGCUGCACAUGGCAGUGGACAAGGAGACCACCAACGUGGGCCGCUACCGCGUGGGCAUCUUCCCCUCCCUGCAUGUGGUCAGGGUGCUGCUGGACUGCGGGGCUGACCCCGACAGCCGGGACUUCGACAACAACACUCCGCUGCACAUUGCCGCCCAAAACAACUGCCCAGCCAUCAUGGAUGCACUCAUCGAGGCCGGGGCCCACAUGGAUGCCACUAACGCCUUCAAGAAGACUGCCUAUGAGCUGCUGGACGCCAAACUGCUGGCCAAGAGCACCGUGCAGCCCUUCAACUAUGUAACACUGCAGUGCCUGGCCGCCCGUGCCCUGGACAGGAACAAGGUCCCUUAUAAGGGCUUCAUCCCAGAGGAGCUAGAGGCCUUCAUCCAGCUGCACUGAGCCUGGCCACCACCUGCCUGCACUUUGGCCUUCUCCAAGCAGAAGCAUCCCGUCCUCUUGGCCUGCUGGCAGUGGAGUGAGCCCGACUGUUGGUUCUAGAAACCUUCAGGGUCACAUGGUAGGAAGAUGGUCUUUCUCUGUGGCAAUGCAGAGGGUACUGGGGCCUCCUCAGUGGCACUUGUUUGGUUCUGGAGACCUCUGCCCUGUCACCUGGUCUCCAGCUAGUCUGGUCUCCUAGAGUCCUGUGUACCCGACUCUGUCAAGAUGGAGUCAGAAGUCACUGGCGCCUUCCUGCAGUGGGGCACCCGCCACCUAGAUGUUUGCUGUUGGUUUGUUGUUUACGAAGCAAGUGGGCAACAGCUUGGAGCCCACAUUCUGAGGUUUUUGCUCGGUCUUUUUUUCCUUGGUUUCUGUUUGUUGGACUCAGUAAUGACUUAGUUUGAAGUUGCUGCCAGGACUUUGGUGUGACCACAGCUGAAACCAGCAUGAGCUGUAAGUGCAGACCUGUGACACACUUCCUGCGAAGCCUCCGUGCUCCCACGCAGGUUAGAGAGAGGACUGGCCCCAAGAAGAGCCAGAGCAAGUGACAGGAACAGCCAGGCUGAUGGCUGCCUCCAGCCCCACCUGUGGGAUGGACUGACAUGCUUCCCAACGUCAGGCUGCAGCUGAGAUGGCUGGCAGGUGCUCUGGUCACCAGGUCACAUCCCUGCCACACUUGUCCUGUCUCACCUGACCCCAGGUCUUCGUGAGGAGUCCAUAGUAUCCCCACUAACUACCAGGAGUGGGAAGGUGGGGAGCUGCCCAGGGCUGCGAUAGGCCACCCGGGCCCUGAGUGCAGCCCUAGCAGCGCACACUGCCCGAACAACACCAACCUGAGGCACCACCAGCUCUUGUCCCUGUCCUCUACCGUGAGUGGGAUUAAACCUGCAUCACACCGAGGCAGGAGGUGCACAUCCCUGGCUUGUGGGAACCAGCUGCAAGGAGAGAAAGUCUAGUGUGGAGAGGCCAGUCUCUCCCUUGGCCGUGGAAGCUGUCCCGCGAGGACAUCGGUGUGUGAUUGCAGUGUUAAGUAGCUUGUUCUCUGUAUAAAACAAGCCUUAGGCCUUACUGGGCAGAGCCUCACUGCCCCGCCAUCCGAAGCUCAGGGCAAACAUGAACCCCUGUGAAAAUUGGCACUGAUAUUUAUGGAUUAAAAUACAGGUAUGUGAAGGAA